GCUGAGAGGAUCUCUGUCCAAGCAGACGCCACGAAGACAUCCGUGAGCUGGAACGAGGAGUUUUCAUGGGAAUAGACGAACUUCCUUUAUCUGCAGCAUCAACUAUUCAUGAUCCAUGACCAGAACAGGAUCAGUCACCAACACGGAUCAGAGGAGAGUCCAGCUGCAGGCUGAAGCAGUCUAACAGGCCCAGGUUCUGGACUGUUCCAUGGAUCCACAUGGGAGGACCAAGGCGGGGGUCCAUCCCUCUGAACCCAGUCCUCAUCAGAAACAUGAAGCUCAGAGCCCAGAGCAGCAGAAACCGGACUCUCCUGGUCCUGGUCCAAGCUGCAUCUACAUGAAGAGUGACCGAUCCAUGAUUGAACCUUUAUCCUUCAAGGAAAAACAUUCCCCUGAACAAAGUGUUCCUCAGAGACCAGACUCUCCUGGACCCAGCGGCGUCUCCAUGAGGAGUGAUCGCUCCAUUGAACCUUUGUCCUUUAAGGAUGGACACCAUUCUACCGAGGAAAGCAUUCACCAGCAGAAACCAGACUCUGCUGAACCCAGCAGUGUCUCCAUGAAGAGUGAUCGCUCUAUGAUUGAACCUUUGUCCUUUAAGGAUGGACGCCAUUCUACUGAGGAAAGAGUUCCAGAUGAACGGUCCGAGGUUCCUGGUGGUCAGCAUAUCCAGCCAAAUCAAACAGACCUGGAUUCCAUAUUCAUGCUUCUUGAAGAGAACAUCAACACUUUUGUCUCAAAAGAGCUGAAAAGGUUUCAGAAGGUCCUGAGUCCAGAUAACUCAGAAUACUUGGAUUGGCACGGUGACAAUGAGGAGCAGAGGAGCAGCAGAGAGGCAUUUCUGAGGAUCACAUUAAUCUUCCUGAAGAAAAUGAAACAGGAAAAACUGGCUGAACGUCUGCAGAGAGGAACUUUUGCUUCAAAGAAUAAAUGCAAACUAAAAUCCAACCUAAAGAAGAAGUUCCAGUAUGUGUUUGAGGGGAUCGCCAGGCCAGGAAACCCAACCCUUCUGAACCAGAUCUACACAGAGCUCUACAUCACUGAAGGAGGGACUGGAGAGGUCAACGAUGAACAUGAGGUCAGACAGAUAGAAACAAUGUCUAGAAAACUGGAUAGAGAAGAAAAACAAAUCAGACAUGAAGACAUCUUUAAAGCCUCACCUGAUAGAGAUGAACCAAUCAGAACAGUGAUGACGAAGGGCGUGGCCGGCAUCGGGAAAACAGUCUUAACCCAGAAGUUCACUCUGGACUGGGCUGAAGGCAAAGCCAACCAGGACAUCCAGUUCACAUUUCCAUUCACUUUCAGAGAGCUGAAUGUGCUGAAAGAGAAAAAGUUCAGCUUGGUGGAGCUCGUUCAUCACUUCUUUCCUGAAACCAAAGAAGCAGGACUCUGCAGGUUUGAAGAGUUCCAGCUGGUCUUCAUCUUUGAUGGUCUGGACGAGUGUCGACUUCCUCUGGACUUCCACAAAAAUGAGAUCCUGACAGAUGUUACCAAGUCUGCCUCCUUGGAUGUGCUGCUGACAAACCUCAUCAGAAGGAACCUGCUUCCCUCUGCUCGCCUCUGGAUAACCACGCGACCUGCAGCAGCCAAUCAGAUCCCUCCUGAGUGUGUGGACAUGGUGACAGAGGUCAAAGGGUUCACUGACCCUCAGAAGGAGGAUUACUUCAAGAAGAGUUUCAGAAAAAAUGAGCAGGCCAGCAGCAUGAUCUCCCACAUCAAGACAACCAGAAGCCUCCACAUCAUGUGCCACAUCCCGGUCUUCUGCUGGAUCACUGCUACAGUCCUGGAGGAUCUGCUGAAGACCAGUGAAGGAGGAGAGCUGCCCAAGACCCUGACUGAGAUGUACAUCCACUUCCUGGUGGUUCAGACCAAACUGAAGAACAUGAAGUAUGACGGAGGAGCUGGGAAAGAUUUUCAGUGGAACAAAAAGAACAGGAAGAUGAUCGAGUCUCUGGGGAAACUGGCUUUUGAGCAACUGCAGAAAGGCAACCUGAUCUUCUAUGAAGUAGACCUCAAAGAGUGUGGCAUCGAUAUCAAAGCGGCCUCAGUGUACUCAGGAGUGUUCACACAGGUCUUCAGAGAGGAGAGAGGACUGUACCAGGACAAGGUGUUUUCCUUCAUCCAUCUGAGUGUUCAGGAGUUUCUGGCUGCUCUUCAUGUCCAUCAGACCUUCAUCAACUCUGGAGUCAAUCUGAUGGAAGAAACAUCAGCCUCCACCAAACUUUUUAGAAACAGACAAUUCCACAAUAUCGCUGUGAACAAGGCCUUGCAGAGUCCAAAUGGACACCUGGACCUGUUCCUUCGAUUCCUCCUGGGUCUGUCACUGCAGAAAAAUCAAACUCUAUUACAAGGUUUGGUGACAAAUCCAGGAAGUAUGUUCCAGAACAAUCAGAAAACCAUCAAGUUUAUCAAGAAGAAAAUCAAUGAGAACCUGGCUCCACAAAGAAUCAUCAAUCUGUUCCACUGUCUGAAUGAACUGAAUGAUCACUCUCUGGUGGAAGAAAUCCGAAAAUACCUAAGAGCAGGACGUCUCUCCACAGGUAUACUGUCACCUGCUCAGUGGUCUGCUCUGGCCUUCAUCCUGCUGUCAUCAGAAAAUGAGCUGGAUGUGUUUGAUCUGAAGAAAUACUCCGCCUCACAGGAGGUUCUUCUGAGGCUGCUGCCAGUGGUCAAAGCUUCCAACAAAGCACUGCUAAGUGGCUGUAAUCUGUCAGAGAAAAGCUGUGAAACUCUGUCAACAGUCAUCAGCUCCCAGUCCUCCAGUCUGCAAGAGCUGGACCUGAGCAACAACGACCUCAAGGAUUCAGGAGUGAAGCUGCUUUCUGCUGGACUGGGGAGUCCAAACUGUAAACUGGAGACUCUCAGGCUGUCUGGCUGUCUGGUCACAGAGAAAGGCUGUUCUUUCCUGGCCUCAGCCUUGAACUCCAACCCCUCCUAUCUGAAAGAGCUGGACCUGCGCUACAAUCAUCUAGGAGAUUCAGGUGUGAAGCUGCUUUCUGCUGGACGGGAGGAUCCACUCUGGAAACUAAACACUCUUAGAAUGGAUCCUGAUGGAAGGCAGUGGCUGAAACCUGGUCUGAGGAAGUACGCCUGUGAGCUCACACUGGACCCAAACACAGCCAACAUCAACCUCCAACUGUCUGACGACAACAGGACGGUGACAGUAGCGGCAGACAGGCAGUCAUAUCCUGAUCAUCCAGGGAGGUUUGAGUACUGCUCUCAGGUUCUGUGUAAAGAUGGUCUGACUGGUCGCUGUUACUGGGAGGUGGAGUGGAGAAGAAGGGCCUAUAUUUCCGUGACCUACAGAGGAAUCGGACGGAAAGGAGACAGCAUCCACACCAGGUUUGGGGGGAAUGAACUGUCCUGGAGUCUGAGCUGCUCUGAUGAUGACGGUUUCUCCGUCUGGUAUAAUAACAGACAAACACGCCUCCCCUCCACGCCUUUGUGCUCUGGCUCUAACAGGGCCGCGGUGUACGUGGACCAUCCUGCCGGCACUCUGUCCUUCUACAGCGCCUCCUCUGGAGCGUUGAUCCAUCUGCACACCUUCAACACCACGUUCACUGAGCCUCUUUAUCUCGGCUUUAGGCUGUGGGAUGAUUCCUCAGUGUCUCUAUGUACAAUGUAGGAGGGAGAACGUCCUCUGAGGAAAUCCCCGACCACAAACUCUAUGACAGGGGUCAUCAAGUACAUCUGCACGAGGGCCAGAUUUAGUCUCAACAGAAACUCUGGGGGCCGGACUUUCAAAUACACAAAAAUUAAAGAAAUAUUUUGGACUAAUUGAAAUUUUAUUGUAGUAAUAUUUGUAUUUUCUUUCAAAACAUUUCAAAACAUUUUCAUCAAAAACAUUUUUAGAAUGGGCCCUCCACAGUUGUCAUUUAGUACUAGUAUUCACUCAUUUUUUACACUUUUACCCCCUUUUAGCCUAUUUGACCCAAUUUUUGAA